UAGCAGUAGUUUUUUUUUCUCUCUCUCUCUCUCUCUGAUUCUGGUUGGUGGGUAUUGUCGGUGGCAGGUGGGCCAUAUCAAAUACCAACUGUAUUUAGAGUUCCCUGCACAGAUCUGAGGAGGGAAGACAUUCAACUCAAAGCCUGACAUUAACAGAAGAUGGCCGUGCUCAAGUUUGCGUUGUUUCUCUCCAUUGGCCUCCAAGGCUUUGCUCUGACUUCUGCUCUAGAUGCAGACGGUUUGCAAAGUGUUCCAGAUGCCAUGAGAGCAAAUGGGGAUGUCUGCCAGGACUGCACCCACAUAGUUGAACUCCUUAUUGACAUGAUCUCCAAUGCAGACCUCCAGAAAAAGAUCAUGAACGGCAUUGAAAGCCUGUGUGAGCACCUGCCUGGGCCUACUGCCAAAAUCUGCAAAGAUGAGGUGGAGAAGAUGCUUCCACUGGCCAUCAACUUCCUUACUGGUGCUGCAAAACCAGCCGAGGUUUGCAAAAUCAUCGGGCUCUGUGGCUCCUGCGACAAGCAGGAGAAGAUGCUGAGCUAUUUUGUGAAGGAGGCCCUUCAGGCUGCUUUGACAAGUGAAAAUGGGAAGCCCACAACGCAAUGCUCCUUCUGCAUUUUUCUUUUCAAGACUUUGGAGGACCUGCUGCCUAAAGAAAGGACAGAGGCUGCUGUGAUCAAACUGCUGGGUGAGAUUUGUCAUAUUUUGCCCGCCUCCUCCCGUGGUCAAUGUGAGGCUAUCAUUGCCAAGUUUAGCAAGCCGGUACUGGACGCAAUCCUGAGCUACGCCACACCUCAGGCCAUCUGCGCCCUCAUCCGCAUGUGCAAAGGGCAGGAGGCUGCUAUUGUAGAUCCGUGCACUUUGACAACGUACAGGUGCAGAGACAUCAAGACUGCCCUCAGCUGUGGAACCAUGUUCUACUGUCAGAAAUUCGUCUGGAAGCCUCUCAACUACGACACACUCUAAAAUGUUACGGGUGGGACUUUAAAUCUGAGUCAACUUUGGUGCCCCCACGGAUGACCCAGAUGUUUCAACAUCAAACUGCAAAUAUUUCUUUAACUGCUCCACACCUGUGGUGGUCUGUCUGAUAGUGCUUCUUUCAGAUACUGAUUUGAUAUCUUACUGCAUUCUGUGAUUUUGCACUGUGCAAUCUCUGCAUUGACUGAAGAAAACCAGGAAUUAGGCUGAAAAACUAUUAUGGACAAAAGGAUUAUGUGAACUUCAGCUGUGAGGAAUGUUGAAAGCUUAAUGGGAUCAAAUGGUUAAAGACUUUAAGUUUCACCAUGAUCCUUUGUACUUGGCAAGAUUUUCCUUUACAUUUUUGUACUAACCUCUUUUCUUAAGUUUCAUGGCUUCAUUAGCUUUAAUGUCUUUCUGUAACCUCUCACACACAGAUGAUCUCAGGAGAAUGAUCUUAAUGAAUUUAGUUAAAUGAGGUGUGUGUAUUACAGGCAGUGACACCUCACUAGAACUGACUGCUCUUUUGAAAAUAAAAGAAUCACUUGAACAAC